AACUUGUGCCUCAAGCUCAGUUCUCGUCUUAUUUUUGUUCAAAGCAGUUGUCUUUAAAGAGUUGUGUCUUCUGGAGUGAGCAGUUGAAAGAGUGCAAUAAUGAGGGUUUUAGUUGAGUCACCAACGAUCCUGGAUCCGUCGGAAUUACUCCGUCCGGAACCGGAAUUUAUGGAUAAAAGCGCCUCAAAGUUCCGCGACUACACAGUUGAUGCAGCAGAUCCACUCAAGGAGAGAGUCCGUCAAACCUACAGGAAGAUGCAUCUCAAUCAGACCGUUGAUUUUGUUAAAGGACGUCACGCGGACUGGUUGACCUUCUCCAAAUUCCGCGCCACAAUUCGCGAAGCUCUGGAGCGUUUGAAUGAUUUGGUGGAUGAAUCAGAUCCGGAUUUGGACCUGCCGAAUAUUGUUCAUGCCUUCCAGACGGCUGAAAGAGCACGCGAGGAGCAUCCAACGCUCGAUUGGCUUCACCUCACGGGGCUCAUUCAUGACCUGGGGAAGGUGAUGGCGUUCUAUGGGGAGCCUCAGUGGGCUGUUGUGGGUGAUACCUUCCCCGUGGGAUGCCUCUGGUCCGACAACAUUGUCUACCGCAGUGAUAGCUUCGAAGGGAAUCCCGAUGGGGAGAAUCCCAAGUUCAACACAAAAUACGGCAUGUAUGAGCCCCAGUGCGGUCUACGCAAUCUGAUGAUGUCAUGGGGCCACGAUGAGUACAUGUAUCGUGUACUGAAGCACAACAAGUCCACACUUCCUGAGCAGGCGCUCCACAUAAUUCGCUAUCAUUCCUUUUACCCAUGGCACUCCUCCGGCGACUAUCAGCACUUGAUGCGGCCCGAGGACGAGGAGAUAAAGAAGUGGGUGCUGUGCUUCAAUCGUUACGAUUUGUACACGAAGAGCACCAAAAUGCCCGACAUUGAGGCUCUCUGGCCGUACUAUCAGUCCCUCAUUGAUAAAUACUGUCCUGGAAUCCUCGAAUGGUGAUGCUUUACUAUCUUUACUACAUAAAACUGCUGGUGCGGAAGUUAAUGCGCUUUAAUUGCUCUUUUUUUUCUCAUUCUAUUCUAAAAUAAAUGAAAUGCAAUGCAUUUCAGUUAGAAGGUGUAUUUUAUGAGGAAUAAAAUUGAUUUUCUUUUGGCAAGAAAAA